AUGUGGUCCUCUUAUUAUGGCACACUUGUGCUAGGGCCUAUGAAUGUUGACAGAAUCAGAGUGGCACAGGAAGAUGACCUUGAGCUGCAAGAUCUCAGGGAUAAGGCCAGACAAGGAGAGGCAGAUGGGUUCUAUCUCACUGAAGGUGGGACUUUGAAGACAAGUAGUGGGAAAAUAGUUAUCCCUAGUGAUGCUGAGUUAAGGAGAGAUAUCCUUGAUGAACUUGUGAAAGCUAAACAUCAGAAGCUUGCAAGGCUACUUAAGCCACUUGAAGUGCCUAUGUGGAAGUGGGAUCAGAUUACUAUUGAUUUUGUCGUAGAUCUUCCAAAAGCACCAAGCGGACAAGAUGCCAUAUGGGUUAUUGUUGACAAGUUGACGAAGAGUACCCAUUUACUUCCCAUCAAGAUCACUGACUUGAUGGAAAAGCUACCAGAUUUGUAUGUGCAGGAGAUUGUGAGGCUACAUGGAGUACCUAUCUCCAUUGUGUCAGACCAUGAUCCACGGUUCACUUCGAGUUUUAAGGCAACUAUUGGCAUGGCACCGUAUGAGGCGUUGUAUAACUUGUAUGGGUGCAAAUGUCGAUCGCCUUUAUAUUGGGACGAAGUAAGCGAGAGACAGCUGUUGGGGCUAGAAUUAGUGCAGGUGUCGCCAAUGUGGAAUGUGUGUCGUUUUGGCAACAAGGGCAAGCUUAGUCCAAGGUAUGUUGGACCGUUCAAAGUGUUGAAACAAGUGAGCUCUUUAGCAAACAAGAUCGAAAUGCCUCCUAAUUUGGCGGGCGUUCACGACGUUUUUCAUGUCUCUCAGCUGCAAAAGUGUAUUCACGAUCAACCACAGGUGAUUAAUCACGAGCCUCUUGAUAUUCAGCCUAAUCUGACAUAUGAAGAGUUGCCCGUGGAAAUUUUGUAUCGCAAAGAACAACAGUUAAGGACUAAAACGAUUCCACUUGUGAAAGUUCUAUGGGGGAAUCAUGGACCUGAGGAAGCUUCAUGGGUGCUUGAGCAGCAAAUGCGGGAUAGAUAUCCCCACUUAUUUGAGUAA